AUGGAUAAACAAUCUUAAAAAGUUAGAAAAUCUAUUUCUAAUUACACUUAUGAUUUGAAUGACUUGAUUGGCUAGGGCUAUUCAUCAAAAGUGUACAAAGGACUUAAUACCCUCACGAAUCAAGUCGUUGCAAUUAAAGUCAUAAGUAUAUAAUAACUAAUCACUCCAAUCUCCAAAAGUUUACUGAAAAAUGAAAUCAAUGUAUUGAAAUUAAUUAAUCACCCAAAUCUAAUGAAAGUGUUUGAAACCUUUGAAACCCAAAACAACACGUAUUUGAUAUGCGAGUAUUGUAAUGAAGGUGAUUUAGCAGAUAUUUUGGAAACAUCCUCAUUCUCAGAAAAUGACGCUUUAAAAGUUCUACAGCAAAUCCUCCAAGGAGUCAAAGCAUUACAUGAUCAAAAAAUAAUACAUAGAGAUAUUAAACCAGCCAACAUUUUGAAAUCUGAUGGUAUGUUCAAAUUGGCCGAUUUUGGGUUUGCAGUUAUUGAAAACCAAUAUGAAAGCAUCAUCAAAAAGUUUAACGUUGGAACUCCAAUGUACAUGGCACCUGAAACAAUUUAGUACAAUGAGUAUUCAGAAAAAUCAGAUAUAUGGGCUUUGGGAGUUGUCUUGUAUCAAAUGAUUUACAAACAAAUGCCAUAGAAUUAAAAAUUAGAAAAUGACAUUGAGAAGAAGCAUGCAGCACUAAUUAAUAAAAUUUUAACUGACAAUCAAACAUCUCAAAAAACGAAAGAACUCAUUCUAAAAAUGCUUAGCAUGGAUCCAGAAAAAAGAAUUUCUGUUAAUGACAUUAUUUAACUACUCAAUCCUCCUCCAAAAAAACUAACUACCAUCUCCCAUCAGAAUAUUUCUUUUAAAUCCAUAAAAUCAAUACCUGCAUCUUUAGACCUCCAUUCCUCUAGAACUCUAUUUGAUGAUAAUUUACUAUCCAAAUAAAUCAUAAAAAGUUAACCUGAUGAAGUCGCAGAGAAUAAUUAAAUAUUUUCUAAAACCUAAAAUUGUAAAGAUCAUGCAAACCCUAGAAUCAUCAAAGUCAAUUAAUUUAGUUCCUUCAAAGAUCUUAAAAUUACCAAAAGUCCUAUCAAAACUAUAUAGACUUAGACCUAGUAAAAUCCAUGUAUUUAAUAGCAACCUUAAUAAACAUCAAAGCCUUCUUACAAUCUAAAUUUGCAACCUAUAGGUAAAUCGUUUAAAGAAUCUCCUCUUAAACUAAGGGAAUAACAAUAAACAAGAAGGCUUAAAACUUAAAUUUCAAAUGAAUUUAUUGACCCAACUGAAAAAGAAUCAAAUUUCUUGUCAGAUAAGGCAAGUGUAGUUAAAGUACCUCAAACCAAUAUUAAUCCGAAUCAAACUCCGCUAAAAACUGUUUAAAACAAAAAGUCAAGUCACAAAAAUGCUAAUGCCCUUGAUGAAAGUGAAUGUAUCUAAAGUAGUCAUCAAAAUAGUACCAAUGAUACUAUUAAACAAAAUUAACUUUCUAAUUGUUUAUAAAUUUUCCAGGAAAGACAGAACUUACAAGAAAAUCAUUCAAACAAUCAAAACUAACUUAACAGUCAUUUUAAAAAAAUUAAAUCACCAAUUAGAAUUAUUCAUUCAUAAAAAACUAUUGUCACUCCACCUUUUAAGUCCUCCGGUAUUAGCGAAUAAAAGAAAUAGUAAGAUUCUAAACCCAACUAUUAUUUAUAAACCAAAGGGAAUUCCCCCAUCUUUUAAUAAGAAUCAUUAUCAUAAUUGAUAUAAAAUUUAUCCAUAGAAAAAAUUAUCACCGAUUUCUCAUCCAAAAGGCAUGAAGAAAAAGAAAGAUAACCACCUGCAAAGAUAAGGCCUACCUUUAAAUUCCUUAAUUAUCUGAAUUAAAUAAUUAAAAACUUUGACAAUAUUAAUACAGAAGACAAAUAAAAAUGCUAUUUUCUCUUAAGAAAACUUUUAGGAAUCAAAGCAACAUAUGUAUAAUAAUGCUAUCCAUAAUAUAAAUAAGAAUAAAUAUAAGUAUACAUUGAUAAUUUCUUGUCUUAUUAUGCUAAAGUUGAAACAAUAUUUUAUACUUCCCCUGAUAAAUCAUUUGAAUAAUUUUUCAAUAAAGAUUUAACUUAAUAUAGUAUUAGUUUUUCAUAACUAUUGUUAUAUUAUCUUUAAAAGAUUUCAUUUAGCAAAUGGAAUUAAGAUAUUCAAAUAAUUUCAGAAAUUAUUUCUGAAAAUGUAAGAUAAUCAAAUGAUCCAGUGUUAUUUGCUAGAAGAUGGGAAAAUGAUUAACCAUGA